AUGCCCAAGCCCACCCAAGCAGCCAACCUUGCCUUUAACCCUAGCCUAUCGAAUUUCGCGGAUUCCAGCACCAGUGCAGCGCGUGAUGGCUUAGAAAAACGAAGACUUACUUUUAGCCUCUCAGAAAGCUUAGUUACUGCGGCCAAAAGCAAAAGAAGUACCAGGACAAUCACGAUGGAAGGCUGCCGGCUCUCUAUAUCUCCCGAGGUUGGCAUUUAUUCCAUCUUCUCCGCCCUUGGCCGUUUGGGUUCGGAGAAGAAAUUCUUGAAAGGGCUAGCCUCUGAUGAUGGCCCAUUCUUCGUAUUCAUCAUGUCCUGUACCGGGACAGUCACAACAAACAAAGAGGAUACCGACGAUCGUUGUCUCAGUCAAGCAAGCGGAGAAAGAGUGGGUAGGGAUACGAGGAAAGAUGUUGUCGAGGUUGGAGGCAACCACCCCAUGUUCAGCAUCAUCCUCAUCCAGGCUAGCUAG